UUCAAAUUUAACGUCUUGUUCGACACAGUUUAACACAAUUUGAUCUUGAUCCUUUUUUUUUAUUGAAAUGAAAAAAAAAUGAAGAUUAAAAUAUUCAUCGUAAGACUUUAUUACAAUUUUUACAGCUCGAUUGGAUUUUGUUUUGGUCGUUUUGAUUGGAAACAUCGUUGGUCAAUAAUUAAAUCAAUUAUUAUGAUAACAUUAUUUUUAAAUUGUUCAUUUUUUAUGUAUGAACGUUAUCGACGUAAAUAUAAAGGAAUAUCGGCAUCGAAAAUCAGUCAAAAUGCAUUUGGUUUACUUAUUGAUCGUGUAAAUUCAUUACAAUUUAUGUUUUCAUUUAUUUUAUCAUUUCUAGUAUUUUCAAUCAAUGGUUAUGAUUUAAUACGUUUGGCUGAUUCAUCAAUAUUUGCCCAAAUAUAUACGGAUAAUCAGCGAAAUCAUAUUAUAUCAUUGGCUAUAUUAAUAUUCACAAUUUUAGAUGUUUUAUUUUUAUAUAAGUGCUUUGGUGAAUGUACGAUUAAUAUUAGAUAUUUUGAAAUGUCUGAAUUAUAUCAAGAAUAUUUUCGUAUGAAUCUUUAUGAUUUACUUAUUUAUGAUCAACGAUUUUUACUAUCAAUGAUUAUAUUUGCUUAUGGUUAUUUUGUAUUGAUAAUACAAACAGAAAAAUGA